AUUGGAAACAUCGCAUUUAAAUGGAGACUCUAAAUCUUACAAUACUUUUAAAUUUGGCAACAACUUUAGUAUCAGGUCAAAUAAGUACUAGUACAGAGAUUUCUUCACCUCAUAAUCUGAAUUGUACUGAUGGUAAAAUAUUCCUCUACUCUGCCUGCUAUUCACCAUGUCCUGACAACAAAUUUCCAGACUCAGAAUUGGAGGAACUAUAUAGAAACUGUUCUUAUGUUGAAAGUUGUCAUUUCAAACCGGAACUCAAUAACGAGUCUACUAUUAGGUUUACUUGUGAAGAUGAAAAUCUGCAUUUCCUUUCAGAUGAAGAAGUUUUGACAAAAAAUUCUACUAGAAUUCGCUUUUACUAUGACGGAAAAUAUUACAAAAGCGCAGACCGAGGACUUCUGUGUAUUAUCAAACCAACGAAUCGGUUGAAUUUUUAUAGAAACUGGAUAGCUAUUCAAAAAACCAGUCAAACUGUUCUGGAAGUAGAUGUUUUUGGUGAGAGUAGGACGUUUUCAGCCGGGACUAGCAUCUACAGGAACAAUACAUUAAAUACGGCUAGUGUGGUUAUACUGAAGUUACUACCAGAUCCACGUCAACACGACCAAAUAUCACUUGGUUUUACAGCUAAGGACGGAAUGCUUAAUAUCAACUGCUCUAUUUUGGAAAUACCAGGUCCAGUGACAACAUUAGCUGUGGCCAGAUCCACCGAGCCGCGAUCUUACGCAGGUAAAUCUGGCGAUGAUAACGGUAUCACCACCAUCAUAAUUAUAGUGGUCUGUGUGACUAUCAUAGUCAUUAUUAUCGCCGUUAGCUGCAUCAUUUAUAGAAAGCGUAAGAAAUUCAUAGCCAGAAGAGAAGAAAGAGGUGUAGAGCUAAGUAAAGCUGUUUCUGAAGCAAAUAACUAUUCGAAUGUACCCAAGGCAAACAACAAACGACUUGAACUAAACAAUUAUGAUUAUUCAACAUCGGUUAAUGCAUGCAACCCUCAGAAUACUUUCAACAACACAAGCUCUGAUGACGUCAACAAUACUGGAUUAUCACGUGACGGGAAGAAGAUAGUUAACAUGAAGCAGUUAGAAUCACGUAUCAAGGCAUCGGGAUAUUCUGAGCCGAUUGACUCUUUGAAACCGAUCAAAAUUUCAUCAAAAGCUGGUGAUUAUGCUGAACCAUGUAACGAAAAGGAGUGUUUCACUUCCAAAUGCUUACAGAACAAGUCGAUGUUAGAAAACUAUGAUAAGGAUCACAAGCCAAAAUCUGGAGGAAAUGCGUACAGCCAUGUUGGCAGUAAUACAAAGGAAUCAGAUGAUUAUGACCAUUUCGAUAGAGCCAAGGGUAAUAACUCCAAAGUACCCGAUGAAAACUAUUCUCAUGUACCUGUUAAAGGGCUGGACGAGGAUGACUACAACACGACAAGACAAAUAUUAUCGGAAGAGACCACCCCUAAUCCAAAUUAUGAUCACAUUGGCAACAUAUAGCUGAUAUUUUUGUAUCCUAGGACAACUGGAUAGCUUGACCAUAUCUUCGCAGCUUCAUUCUAAUGAACUCUUGCCGUGUGAAAGUCCGAUGAACUUGAAAAAGUCAUCUUCACUCAUAAUUCCAGUCGACCCAGCUGUAAAUGGGUACAGAUAAUCUGGGAAAGAUCAAUGCCAAGGACAAGCUGGUAGAAAGGGCCCUUGAUUGUGUAAUGAACAUAAGUUGUUAUCCUUGUAAAAUAUAGUUGUUUCUUUCUUUAAAUAUUCAAAACUUUGUGGAUCCGGCUUUAUCCUAUUAAUAUGUUUUUUAUUUGGAAAAACCCUGAAGGGAAAACUGUUCGCUAUAAUUAUACAGCUUGUGAAUCCUAUAUAAUACAUGAUGCAUGUUGAAGGGGAAAUAAUCUCAUUUCUAUACUAUAGACUACAAAUAAAUACAUUUUUAUUGUUUUAUGUAUUG